ACUCUCUUUCUUUUUGCUCGAAAUAGCGCGUGGCACGUUGUUCCCGCGGUCCCGGUUCGGUGCAGUUAUAAUAGCAGAUUUGCAAGGAGUUUAAACGCCAUCUUUUCGCCAAUCCAACACCAGCAAUCAUGAAAAUCUUCAAGGAUAUCAUCACCGGGGACGAGAUGUUCGCCGACACCUACAAAAUCAAGCUGGUCGAUGACGUAGUCUACGAGGUGUAUGGCAAGCUGAUCAGCCGUGAGGGCAGCGAAAUUAAACUCGAUGGUGCCAAUGCAUCUGCCGAGGAGGCCGAUGAAGGCACAGAUACCAACGUUGAGUCCGGUGUCGAUGUGGUGCUGAAUCAUCGUCUGGUGGAAUGCUUUGCAUUCGGCGACAAGAAAUCGUACACCCUCUACCUGAAGGACUACAUGAAGAAGGUGUUGGCCAAGCUGGCGGAGAAGUCUCCCGACCAGGUCGAUGUCUUCAAGACCAACAUGAACAAAGCCAUGAAGGACAUCUUGGGCCGCUUCAAGGAGCUGCAGUUCUUCACCGGCGAGUCCAUGGACUGCGACGGCAUGGUCGCCCUGGUCGAGUACCGCGAAAUCGAUGGCCAGAGCAUUCCAGUGCUCAUGUUCUUCAAGCACGGUCUCGAGGAGGAGAAGUGCUAAGCUCUGAGUGUGCGUGUCUAGAUUUUUUUUCUGCAUGGGGAGACCAUCGAAGACCUCCAACCUCAGGCCCUCAGCCACGGCCACAAAGAAGCAACGCUCCAUGCAGCAGACGCACAGGAAUGGGGCAUCAUCACCGGCCCCCCGCCCAGCCCAACCAGAGGAACAUACUCAUGCAUACCUUCUAUAUAUUUAUCCGAUAAUUAGUUACAAUUUUGAAAGUCCUAAAUUUAUGUUACACUGCUGACGAAUCCCCUGUACCGAGCGAUGCGAUUUUAUUUGAUUUAUUAAGUACAACAAAAUUUUCUAUA